AUGGCAACAACUACGAUGACGGCGACAGAGCCUGCAAAGGCGGGCACUCCAAGGCUGAAGGUCAAGCAGCUAUACACGUACCCCAUUAAAUCAAUCCGCGGCAUGUCCCUUCCCACGCUCCCCGCCACACCCCUAGGCUUCGCCCUCGAUAGGCGCUUCAUGCUGGUCUCCACCAAGAUCGAUCCUAAGACCGGUCUGUUCACCAACAUGCACGUCUCAGGGUUCGAAUCGAUGUGCUUAUUCACCACGCACAUUCCCGACGCGGAGUCUUCGAAGCCGGUUUCUGAGCUGAGGCAGAUUGAGGUGCGUUAUGGGAAGUCUCACUCCUUCAAGGACUCGGCCAAGGAAGUUGGGAAGGAGAGCUUGCUGGUGCCGGUCGAGCCGGAUGUUGAGGUGUUGAGGCUAGAGAGCGUGAAGGUUAGGAUGCAUCAUUCGCCUACAAAUGCGUGGGAUAUGGGUGAGAAGUACAACAAGUGGUUCACCGAGAGAUUUGGGUUUGAGGUAAAGCUGCUAUACCUAGGGACGAACAGGAGGAAGGUAUUGGGAAAUGUGGCUCCUGAUGUGCACGCAAAGCAGAGAAGGGGCGAGUUGAAGCAAUAUGACGGGCUGAAGAACGCUGCAGACGAGGAUGGUGCAGCCAGUGGUGGAGGAUGGCUCGGUGGGCUGACUUCCGCGAUCAAGUCGACUGUAAGCAGUGUCAGUGGUAGCAUGGUCGGUGCAGGCGUAAGCAACGGAGAAGAUGGUAUCGACCAAGGUAUCGGCUUCUCGGACGUGGCGCCAUUCCUUGUCGUCAGCGCAACUUCUCACGCGAACGCGGCCAAGCGCUUCGAAAAUCCAGAGGACAUCGACAUCUCCAAGUUCCGGCCGAACAUUGUGGUCGAAGGUGCUGACGAUGCAUUCGAGGAGGAUUAUUGGGCAGAGUUGAUGUUCAGCCCGAAGUCUGGUGGUGACGAGGCGAAGAUUGUGCUGACCCAGAAUUGUGCGCGUUGCAAUUCUUUGAAUGUCGACUACAAGACCGGCAAAGUAGCCGAAGGCGAGACGGGAAAGCUGCUCGCAACACUGUCGAAGGAUCGCAGAGUCGAUCCGGGAAGCAAAUGGAGUCCGAUCUUUGGAAAGUAUGGGUUCCUCGCUGGGAAGGGCCCAGGGGCUGAUGGGAGGCAAGCAGUCUUUAGUGUCGGUGAUGAAGUCAAGGUUGUGAAACGCAACGACUCGGAGGGCAGGACUGCAUGGGAGUGGCCUGGGCUUGGGACAUAUCCGAAAGACCUUUAG